AUGCUUAAUACAAAUAUAGAUAGCUCUCUUUCUCUUUGCCAUUUUUCAUCAUUUUCUCUCUUCAUCUUCUUUUGUCUUGAUAUCUUUCAUUCAUUUUUCCUUCCUUUUUCUUUUUUAUUCAUUCCUUUUUCAAUGUUUUUUUUUUCUUUAAAUAUUAUUUGUUCAUACUUCAUAUUUUUAUUAUUUAUCUUUUGUACAUUCUUUUUACUUUUCUUUUCUUCCAUAUUUUCUAUUACUAUCAUUAUUUCUUCUUCUUCUUCCUUACUUUUCAUUCCUUAUUCUUCUUAUCAUCUUGUUUCUUCAUUUCAUUUUUAUUCAAACUUUUCCUUUUUAUAUUUUCUUCCAUUUUUAUUUUUGCACUUCUUUUUCUAUUUCUUUGUCUUUCUUUCUCAGUUUUUUUUUAUUCAAUUAUUUGUUUUCAUAGCUUUCCUUUUAUUUUUUCCUUCAAUUUAUUCAUUUUUCUUUUUCUUUCUUCAUUUGUGCCCUUCAUUCAUGAUAGUCAUUGUCCCUUUUUGUAGCUUCUAUUCUUUCUGUCUUGUCUUUUUUUUCUCUUUUUCCUUCUGUCUUUCCUCCUCACUUCAGCAUUCAUUCACUCCUUUCUAUUCUUAUUCUUCUUUAUGUGUCAUAUUGGCAUCUAUUCUCUGUCCAUUCACAUCUGUAUCUAUCAGUCUUUGUGUGGUGCUUUCUAUCGCAGUCAUUCAGUGCUGA